ACUCCCAUGAAUCGUUUCACUCGGCAGCACUUCCGCAAACGACCAGCGUUUUGGCGUAGAAUGAUAGAGCACUCCUCUACCGCUGACGGCAUGGCUGUGAAGGCGAUUUUGUUUGAUUUGGACAACACGCUCAUUGAAACGAGUCGGGCAGGUGAAGUGGCGCUAAAAAAGAAUUUCAUACAGACCAGUGAAUUUUUGAAGACCACGCUGGGCCUUGAUGACAGCACCGUCUGCACCAUUUGUGACAAGUUCAAGCAGAAGCUGUUCCAUGAGAGUUUUGACUGCUCAGCUGGUCAAACCAUAGAUGAUGUCCGUGCGCAUCACUGGGAGGAAAGCAUCAAGGAGACUGUAGGGAAUUGCUCUAUGCCUUCUUUGCCAGCUCAGUGUUAUAACAUGUGGAAAAGCAGUCGCCUGGAGCUUCUCACUCUGUCUCCUCAAGUAUGCAACCUCCUGAAACAGCUGCGCAGCAGUUACAAGCUGCUGCUGCUGACCAACGGGGUAGCACAGACCCAGAGAGAGAAAGUGGCGACGGCUGGAUGUGAGGAGUUCUUCGAUGCCAUUGUGAUCGCAGGAGAACACAAAGAGCAGAAACCAUUCCCCUCCAUCUUCAGGUUGUGUUUCAGCAUGCUGGAGGUGGAGGCUCAGGACUGUGUGAUGGUGGGAGAUUCUCUGGACACAGACAUUCAAGGGGGGUUGAAUGCCGGAGUUCGGGCCACAGUUUGGAUUAAUAGUGCAGGGGGGGCUGUGUCAGACGGUUCAGUGAAGCCAGACUACACUAUCACUACUGUUCUGGAAUUGCCAGAUAUUCUGGCACAGCUGCAAUAAGAACAACUGGUGAAGAGUGAAUGAGUUUUACUUGAGAUGUUGUGGGAAUUUUUACCUAUUGAUAUAACUGAUUUAGAUAUGACUACUACUCCUAUUAGUUUUCCAGUUUUCAACAAGGUCCAUUUUAAUUUAAGGUUUCUGGUUGGGAUUUUAGACACUGUAAUUUUGAACAUAGAGUCUGUAACAAAAUGUGUGUUGAAGCUUCACUAUUAUACACAUGAGGUGGUCAAAGUAAUUACAUUUAGUUAAGAACUCUAGUACGGUUAAGAUACUUGUAAAAUUACGAGAUUAUUAAGCAUGUUUUUGAUUUGUUAUGGUCAGGCACUGUUGGGUUCAAGGCAUUUCAAACUGAUGCUCUAUUGUAAUCACGUUAAAUCUUUCCACAGCACGGUAAUGUCAUGCGCUUCUGUAUUCAAUUCAGUAAUCACAUUAGUUAUAAUUAUUAGUUCAGUUACACAAAGUUACCUGCAUGAUGAAAUAAAAACACGUGCUAUAAUCAGCUAAUUUCA